CUCCUAUUUGAACUUCCAAAGCCAACGACCGUUCUGCGCCAUUAUUGCUUCAUGAUUCUCUGAUCAUUUCUUGAUAUAUCAGAGAGUGAAAUUUCCUUUGGGCUUCUCUCAAGUAAAUGCAUCCCUUAAAAUCCUCGUGCACCUAUUUUUUCUUCUAACCUGCAAUUCUACAUCUCCAUAUUCCAAUUUUGCUGCCUAGAUUUAUAUACCCUUUCCCCAUUGUCUACCUCAUUUUUCAACUGAUUCGCGUCCAAAUCUUGCUACAUCAAAUUGUAAACAGAAGAAGUUUCAAUAAUAUUUGGAUAGCUGUUCAUAAUUGAGGACUAUAAUGUAUGCUGCAACUCCUGGAAAAAGACUGCAAAGCAUGUUGCAGGCUGCAGUUCAAUCUGUUCAGUGGACAUACAGUAUUUUCUGGCAACUGUCACCUCAAAAAGGAAUUCUAUUGUGGAGUGAUGGCUACUACAAUGGAGCAAUUAAAACCAGGAAGACUAUACAGCCGACAGAAGAUAGUGCGGAGGAGGCGUCCCUCCAGAGAAGCCAGCAGCUUAUAGAGCUAUAUGAUUCCCUCUCGUCCGGAGAAACAAACCACCAAGAACGGCGGCCUUCUGCUGCCUUGUCGCCGGAGGACUUAACGGAAUCUGAGUGGUUCUACUUGAUAUGUGCCUCCUUCUCGUUUCCUCCGGGGACCGGAUUACCAGGAAAAGCAUAUGCAAAUCAGAAGCAUAUAUGGCUCACUGGUGCAAAUGAGAUUGACAGUAAAGUCUUCUCCAGAGCAAUUCUUGCCAAGAGUGCUCGAAUCCAGACUGUUUUAUGUAUUCCAGUCCUUGAUGGGAUAGUCGAACUUGGAACUAUAGAAAAGGUUAAAGAAGACGUUGGAUUUGUGCAAUAUAUCAAGAGUUUUUUCAUUGACCAAUAUCAACAUCCUCAUCCUCAAAAACCAGCCUUAUCAGAGCAUUCUACUUCCAAUCUUGCUGCUAGUCUGGCAAUGUUACCUAUCCACACGCCUAUUCCACCAGGAAACACUAGUCAAAUGGAGGAGGACAGCGAAGCCGAAUUCGACUCGGAUACAAAAGAGGACUACAUUGAUAGCCACCCCAGAGAUCAAAAUACUGAUACUGUACCUCAAAGUGAUUGUGCUGAACAGAUCAUGCAACUUGACAUGUCUGAAUAUAUUAGAGUUGGAUCACCUGAUGACGGCUUAAAUAAUAUGGAUUCAAAUUUUUACCUAGUUCCGGUGGCGGAACCUAAAAGAUUAAAGCACCACCAGUGCCACGGUGGCUUGUAUAGGGCUGAGUCAGUGAAUCGGUUGACACCAUUGAAUGACCCGUUGAGAAAUAGCCUUCCGCCACCACAUUCAGUAGUUCAUCCCCAGUCUGAUGAACUGAGCCCGGAAGGCAUCGACUAUUCUCAAACAGUCUCAACCAUCCUUCAACACCAAUCAACCAUCAUUCAACACCAAUCUAGCCAGUGGUCGGAGUCUUCCUCCACCUCCUCCGCCUUUUCCAACUGGUCUGCCACCGCCAACGCCACCCCAUCCUCCACCCACCUGGACGGCGGCUCCCAAUGUCUCCUCAAAUAUAUACUUUUUACCGUCCCUUUCCUCCACACCAAGUUAACAGACGCUACUACCUCCAGCUUCCGCAAAGGCAUGCCACAGGAAGAGCUCAAUGCCAAUCAUGUUCUUGCUGAAAGACGCCGUCGUGAGAAACUCAACGAAAGGUUCAUCAUAUUGAAAUCUCUUGUACCCUUUGUCACAAAAAUGGACAAAGCAUCAAUUCUUGGCGACACUAUAGAAUACGUCAAGCAGUUGAGUGAGAGAGUUCAGGAGCUGGAGGCUCGUACACGAGAAAUGGAGGCCGAGCAACGUUCUAGAACUGUUAUGGACUCGGCCCAAUCAACUAGGGGAGGACCAGGUUCAUAUAAGAGGAAAAUGAGGAUAGUUGAGGGCAGUGGUGGUGAAGGAAAGUCGAAAGCCGUGCAUCCAACUCCGAGGCAGGUAGCAGCGACGGCGGAGGUGAUGGUGCAAGUAGAGGUGUCCAUAAUAGAGAAUGAUGCAUUGGUGGAGCUGCAUUGUCCUUAUAAAGACGGUUUGUUAUUGGACAUAAUGCAUACUCUUAGGAAGUUAAGAAUAGAGAUCGUGGGAGUGCAAUCAUCUGUUAACAAUGGGAUUUUCCAUGCAGAAUUGAGAGCUAAGGUGAAAGAGAAUGUAAGUUGCAAAAAAUCAAGCAUUGCGGAAGUGAAAAGGGCAAUAAACCAGAUAAUUCUUCACCAUUGACUGUCGAUUUUAAUUAGAAUUAAACUGAUGAAAAUAUUCUGCAAUGAUAUGGAAUCUAAGUAAAAGGAUUUACGGGAUUUUAUUCACUAUUUGCAUCUAUUUAUACUUAUAAUUGUGAAAAAA